AUGAAUAAACCACCCAACGCCAAAAUCCUUGUUGUUGAUGAUGAACCGCAAAACAUCCGAUUGCUUCAAAUUCGGCUCCAAGCGGAUGGAUACACGGUCCUCUCAGCAAACAGCGGUCAGGAAGCAUUGGAACUGGUGCAGGCUGAGGCACCCGAUCUAAUUCUGCUCGAUAUUAUGAUGCCAGGGAUGAAUGGAUUUGAGGUUUGUCAGCAGAUUCGUGCGGAGGAAGCCACACAAUUUAUUCCGGUGGUGAUGGUAACCGCUCUUUCAGAGAAGGAAGAUCGGAUCAGAGCAAUUGAGGCGGGUGGCGACGAUUUUAUAUCCAAGCCAUUUGAUAGCUAUGAGGUCCUUGCUCGUGUACGUUCGCUGGUGCGUAUCAAAAGAUACCAUGAUGCACUUGAACAAGCCAAUCGUGAACUCAAGAUUCAUAAUGAACGUAUGGACAAAGAAUUACAAAUGGCAAGCGAAAUUCAAGAUAGCCUGAUGCCUCAAGGAAUCACCGAUUUAUUGGGAUUCCGCAUUGUUUCACACUAUACACCGGCAGUUGUGGUGGGGGGAGAUUUUUUCGAUUUGUGGGAGGUUGAACGGGGGCGAUUAGGCGUUUUCAUCUCCGAUGUGAUGGGCCAUGGGGUUUCCGCAGCCUUUAUCACUGUGUUUAUUAAAACGAUUGUCGAGGAGAUGAUCACUCAGACAGACGACCCUGGACGCUUACUCGAAGAAUUAAACACCCGUUUCAACAAGAUGAUCAGUUCACAACAAUAUAUGUUCGCAACAGCGUUCUGCGCCGUUAUUGACCGCUCCAACGAGACACUACACUAUGCGAACGCAGGGCACCCCUUUCCAUUCCUAGUUCAGCGUCAGCGCAAUGUUUGUAAACCUAUCGGAGACCAGUCAACGGGAAAAGGACUGGGAUUACUUCCAGACUCGACAUAUCAAACACACCACUACCCUUUCACCCCUUCGGAUGGGCUAUUUCUUUAUACCGAUGGUGCUUAUGAACUCCAAAAUUCACAGGGAGAGGAGUUCACCCCUCAAGGUAUCCAAGAGGUCAUCAUGCAACAAAUCACUCAACCGGCACCUGUCCUUGUUGAAACUGUCCUCAACACAACGGACCGAUUUAGCGACGGCAGACCGAAAGACGACGAUAUUACAAUUGUUGCUAUUGAUGGGUGUGGACCGAUGUGGUAG